GCCCAGCCCAGGCAGCUGGAGGGAAGGAAGCGAUGGCGGAGGAGCGGGAGCCUGAAUUGUACCUGAAGUGGAAGCACUGCGAGACGCCAGGUGUGAAGACGCUGUGUAAUCUGAAGAAACUUCUGAACCGCCUUCAGAAAGACCACCGGGAGGACGUCUACCUCUACAUCUCUGGACACCUGAACCCCAACAAGCUCUACCGGCCUCCCGAGACGAUCUUACAGCACUGGCCCAAUGCCCACCGGCCCAAGGGGGAGCGCGCUUCUGAGGUGGGAGAGCCGCCCGCAGGGAAGGUGGCGAGGAUGAAGGAGGCCCUGGCUCACUUCACCAUCCACACGGCGCUGGUCCCCAGUGAGGCCCAGGACACCCCGCUGUUCAGGUACCUGAACCCCCAGGCCUCUCUUUCCCACACUUCAGAGGAGGAUUCCCUUCCAGUGGAGGCUGUCAGAGAGGGGAGGGAAGAAAAGAAAGGAGGCCCUCUCGGACGCGGCCCUCCGGGAUGGCGCAGGAGGGAAGAACUCCGACUGCCCGACUUGAAGGUGCUGCGGUACCAGGAGGCUGGGUCCAGAGGCACCAGGGACGGGCACCACUAUGUCAGCUCCUACCUGGCUGGAGCCACCAACGCAGACAGGUACAGGAUGUUCCUGGGUUUCCAGAAGGAAGUACUCGCCAAGCAAGAUCUCCUGAAGAAUGACUUCACUGGGAGCAAGGCGGCCGCGGGCCACGAGAGAAAGCUGCAGCAGGAGCUCCGGAAAAUUUGCACGUGCAGCCCUCAGCAGUUCAACAGACUGCACGUCUUUGGAAAAGUCUUUGAAGAUAUUUGUAACAGUUCUUUGAUAUUUGGUGAUCUCUUGAAAAAAGUUAAGGAUGAAUAUGAACGCUACAUGGCAACACUCCUGGAGUCCCAGCCUGCAGCACAGUACGAGGCUGUUCGGGCUCAACUCAAGGCGCUACGGCAGAGGCCGGUGAAGACAGCGGACAUGGAUCUUGCCAGGGAGGAGCUGAGGAUGCUCGUGAGAGCCACAAAAGCAGCUCUGGAGCAGAAUGACAGACUCAGAAGUGAACUGGAGAUGGAGCUGGCAUUGCUGCAGUCUGCAAAGGAACGAUCAGAAUCAUCUGAGAAACAUAUUAUUGAUGAAAACCAACUUACUCUUAUUGAGAAGGUUGAAAAGAAGAGGUGUGAAAUACUCAGUAAGUGGGAUGAGAUACAAGCUCUGGAAAAAGAAAUUAAAACAACUUUGGUUCAUACUGGAAUUUCAGAUAUCACUGAGAAUAGGAUUAAAAGCAUAGAGCAUGAAGCUAUAAAAUUGGAAACAGAAAAUAUGAUUUUAAAGAAGAAAAUAAAAGGUCCUUUGGAAAUUUAUCAAGGAAUUUGUAAAAUCAGAGGAAACAGAAGACAACGCUCAAGCGGCUGAACAAACGGCCAGUGAAAAUUCUUAACUUCCAUUAUAUUUCAGAUUGCCAGUAGUUGGAUGUAUUGAAAUUAAGAAGACAUGGUUCCAAUCCUUAGGAAGCUUAAAGUUUGUUGUACAGACCUGUGAGAAUAACAACAGCAAAAAAGCAUGAAGAAUGCAGAUAGGCAAACUUUUACCUACUGCCAGAAGAAAUGUGACUUGAUAAGGACAUUUAGCAAAGUAAUUUGACAACAAGCUGCGUGGAUCACUGAGUAUGUGUGUGGGUUCCCAAUAUAGCCCAGCCCCCCCUUGCACUUAAGCAGGACCAUGUAGCUUGUUUGGGUCAAUAUGGGUUCGUUGUGAUAAUGCAUUAUAAGAAAGAGGGUGAGCUUAUACAGACAGAUCAGCUUAUUUUUAAAAGGAAAUAAAAAAUACAGUCAGAAAUUUGGAUCUCUCAGUGUGAAAAAAACUGACUACAUUUAGCCCACAGAUUUAAGGGUUGAGAUUUUUAAAUACCUGUAAUCUGAUUAAAUGUCUGAAAGAGUAGAUUACAGGUGGGGACUUUCCAUUAAAGCUCUGCAGCCUAGGGAGGGUGUCUUUGACUUAAAAGUGAGAGAUGAGGGCCUGGCACAGUGGUUCAUGCCUGUAAUCUGAGCACUUUGGGAGGCUGAGGCAGGCGGAUCACAAGGUCAGGAGUUUGAGACCAGCCUGUCCAACAUGUGAAAUCCCAUCUCCACUAAAAAUACAAAAAAAAAAUAAAUAAAUAAAAAUCAGCUGGGUGUGGUGGCAGGUGCCUGUAAUCCCAGCUCCUUGAGAGGCUGCGGCAAGGAGAAUUGCUUGAACCUGCGAGGUAGAGGUUGCAGUGAGCCGAGAUUGCACCACCGCACUCCAGCUCAGUCGACAGUGCGAGAGUCUGUCUCAAACAAAUAAACAAAAAAGAGUGAGAGAUGAGAAAUGGGAAUGAGAAAGCAAAGAAAAAGAUCUGAGAGCUUCGCUAAGUGAGCUGUGGACACAUGGAGCUGACGGCGAGCAAAGAGGCUGGAAGGCUACCGAGUUUUCGACGGAGUUCUACUGCCAAGGAAAUCAAGGUAGGAAAAGUCCAUUACUGUUCAAAACCUAAAACAAUCCUUGGUCCCCGACCUUCCGUGAGGAUGAGGAGGAAGGAAGUUGAAGAAUCUGUAUGUCUCCGCGGUGCAUUCCCCAAGGCCCAUUUCCAUUUCAGAUGUGUCCCGGGGGAGACAAAAGAAGCCCAGCCCAGGGACAAGGAUAAUGGAAAGGGGGCUUCAUCCAGAGCCACAUCAGGGCUUAAUAACCAAGGAGCACUGACUGCUUCUUGCUGGGGGCCCCCGACAGUGUCUUCACGACAGGGCUUUAGAAAUUUUACAGGCCAAGAACUGCUGUGUGGUGGGGGUGGGGUUAGUGGUGGUAGAGAUAGAGGUUAUGGUGCUGGUGCUGGUGCUAGUGUGUGUUUGUGUGUGUGUGUGUGUGUGUGUCUUAUGGUGCUGGUGGAGAUUACAGGUAGGGAGAGCAGGAGUUGAAAGUAGAGAUAUCAGCUGGAGGAGAGAAGGAGUUGGUGGUACUGAUUGUAAGUGGAGAGGAACAGAAAUGAAAGACAGAGAUAGAAGCUGGAAGGGGUCUGUGCGUGGUGGCUCAUGCCUGUAAUCUCAGCACUUUUGGAGGCCGAGGUGGGCAGAUCACUUGAGCCCAGGAGUUUGAGACCAGCCUGGCCAACGUGGUGAAACCCUGUCUUUACUAAAAAUACAAAAAUUAGCUGGGCGUGGUGGCAGAUGCCUGUCAUCCCAGCUAUUUGGGAGGCUGAGGCAGGAGAAUUGCUUGAACCUGAGAAGCAGAGGUUGCAGUGAGCCGAGGUUGCAGUGAGUCAAGAUUGCACCAUUACACUCCAGCCUGGAUGACAGAGUGAGACUGUCUCAAAAAAAAAAAGAAGCAGGAAGGGAGAAGCUGCCGGGUGAGAUAGUAGUUGUCGGGAGCAGGAGUUGAAGGUGGAGAAGGAGUAGAAGGCAGAAAGAGCAGGACUCAUGCUGGCCAGGGUCUGAAGUGUGAGUGAGAGCAUAAAAUCAAGGGUGCCUUGGAGCUUUGUGUCUGAGCGCUGAAUUGGAGCUGACUUUGGGAGGUGCUGAUUUUAGGAGAUGGUAGAGAGCAUGGACUGGGAGGGAAUCAUGAGCUUUUAGUUAAUUUGUGAAGACCCUUAAUGGUGCUUUAAAAUGAAAUUUUAUCUCACCAUUUUAAUUCAAUAUCUUUGCUUAUUACCAAUACUGAUUGUCUUAAAAUAUUGUCUUAAAAUAUGAAGCCAAGCCCAAUUAACUCAAAUCCCACUUUAAAUGUAAAUGUGCUAUACCAGGGACAUAAUCCAUAACUCACUUAAAAAUGACGUACUAGUAAUGUUAACACUCGCAUUUUAGGGUUGAUCUCUUUGAAGUUCAUACUUUAAAAUAAUGCUCUGUUUAUGUGUGCAAUGGGACUCAGCAUCUAAUGCCAUUUAUAUUCUCAAAAGGAUCAGUUUGUUAAAACUACAGAUGAACUUCUCCCAAACUACUGAAAGUGUUUCGGUGUCAUAGAAAUGCAAAUACUAUGUUCAAUGGAUUUAAAUUUUUCUUCAAAACUGAGCAACUUAAAAUAUGUUAGCUAUUUUUUUCUUUCUUCAGUGAAUUUUCUGGCACAUCACAGAUACACUACUCAAUAACUAUUUUUAAUUGCCUGACUGCCCGUAUGUGUCAUACCAUUUGUUUUAUGGGUUUUUCGUUUUAAUUCUAUGUAGCUUGGCACAUUUACAUUGUGUAGCA